AUGACUCGCGGUGAUGAAACACUCCUCGCCGUGGCUGGCAUAUUACAGGGCCUGGCGAAGGAUGUCCCGAAUUCCGCAUCUUUUCCCUUUGGCGGCUACAAGGCAAAUAACUCUACCAACGGCGAUGUGACGAAGAUAAAGCUACCAGGCGAGGAGAGUGAUGGAAAAGCUGUUUUGGAACAUGAGUUAGAAGACCUAAUCCGGAGGAUAGUGACCAUGCAAUCUUUCGUGCCUCCAUCUCGACGAUCUACUCGCGCCCCAAACUUUGCCAGCGGACAACACAGUGACCUCGAAGGGUCUUCCAAAUCCCUGCCGGAGUCUGACACAAACUACAAAGAGGAUAUACAUUUCUUACUAAACAGAGUUCAGCUCCAAGCACAAGAAAUACAACUACAGAAAGAUGUGAUCUCUAAAGUUCGCGAGGAACUCAGGAACCAGGAGAAGCGCACUGAGGAAGCUCUGGGGAGGGUGAAAAUUGAUGAUGUUAGCAUAUUAGAGCGCGAGUUGCGAAAACACCAACAGGCCAACGAGGCCUUCCAAAAAGCAUUACGAGAAAUUGGUGGGAUUAUCACGCAAGUCGCAAAUGGAGACUUGUCUAUGAAAGUACAGAUACAUCCGUUGGAAAUGGACCCCGAAAUCACAACCUUCAAACGCACCAUCAAUACUAUGAUGGAUCAACUCCAGGUUUUCGGAAGUGAAGUGUCCCGGGUGGCUCGAGAGGUCGGAACUGAAGGUAUUCUUGGUGGACAAGCCCAGAUCAGUGGAGUUCAUGGUAUCUGGAAGGAACUUACCGAAAACGUGAACAUCAUGGCAAAGAACCUUACGGAUCAGGUGCGAGAAAUCGCAACUGUUACGACUGCCGUUGCUCACGGUGACCUCAGCCAGAAGAUUGAAAGUCAGGCCAAGGGAGAAAUCUUAGAGCUCCAACAAACCAUCAACACCAUGGUGGAUCAACUUCGUACUUUUGCUAUUGAAGUAAACCGGGUCGCCAAAGACGUGGGUAUUGAAGGCGUGCUUGGAGGACAAGCUCAGAUAGAUGGAGUCCAAGGAAAGUGGAAUGAACUUACAGUUAAUGUUAAUGCCAUGGCCGAAAACCUAACAACUCAAGUUCGCGAUAUUGCAAUGGUAACGACUGCAGUCGCCAAGGGCGAUCUUACACAGAAAGUCCAGGCCAAUUGCAAGGGUGAAAUCCUUGCUUUGAAAACUAUCAUAAAUUCCAUGGUUGACCAAUUGAAGCAAUUCGCACAGGAGGUCACGAAAAUUGCCAAAGAGGUCGGAACGGAUGGUGUUCUUGGUGGUCAGGCCACUGUUCAUGAUGUCGAGGGAACAUGGAAGGAUCUGACUGAAAAUGUGAACGGCAUGGCUAUGAAUCUUACUACUCAGGUCCGAGAGAUUGCUGAUGUCACCACCGCUGUCGCCAAAGGUGACUUGACCAAGAAAGUCACUGCAGAUGUGAAAGGAGAGAUCCUGGAUUUGAAGAAUACUAUCAACGGAAUGGUGGAUAGGCUGAACACAUUUGCAUUUGAGGUCAGCAAAGUUGCGAGAGAAGUUGGCACAGAUGGAACACUUGGUGGCCAGGCCAAGGUCGAUAAUGUGGAGGGUAAAUGGAAGGAUCUGACCGACAACGUCAACACCAUGGCUCAAAAUUUGACCUCCCAGGUGCGAGGGAUAUCUGACGUCACGCAGGCUAUCGCCAAGGGAGAACUUUCUAAGAAAAUUGAGGUUCAUGCUCAAGGCGAGAUACUCACAUUGAAAGUGACGAUCAAUAACAUGGUGGAUCGUCUUGCCAACUUCGCGCAUGAGCUCAAACGAGUGGCGCGUGAUGUUGGAGUCGAUGGAAAGAUGGGUGGGCAAGCCAAUGUUGAAGGAAUCUCUGGUAGAUGGAAGGAGAUCACUGAAGACGUCAAUACCAUGGCUGAGAACUUGACAUCCCAAGUGCGCGCUUUUGGAGAAAUUACAGAUGCAGCCACUGAUGGUGAUUUCACCAAAUUAAUCACCGUGAAUGCUUCUGGUGAGAUGGAUGAGCUCAAGCGGAAGAUCAAUAAGAUGGUUUCAAAUCUCAGAGAUAGCAUUCAGCGAAACACCGCUGCCAGAGAAGCGGCAGAACUUGCCAACCGAACGAAAUCUGAAUUCCUUGCAAAUAUGAGUCACGAAAUCCGAACCCCGAUGAAUGGCAUCAUAGGCAUGACCCAGCUCACGUUAGAUACUGACGAUCUUAAGCCAUAUCCUCGAGAAAUGUUGAACGUGGUGCACAGUCUGGCCAACAGCUUACUAACCAUCAUUGACGACAUACUCGAUAUUUCGAAGAUUGAAGCGAACCGCAUGGUUAUUGAAAAGAUUCCAUUCAGCAUGAGAGGUGCGGUAUUCAAUGCACUCAAGACGUUAGCUGUGAAGGCAAACGAGAAAAUCCUGAACCUGAUAUACCAAGUGGACAGCUCUAUUCCAGACUUUGUUACUGGCGAUCCAUUCAGAUUACGACAAAUUAUACUGAACUUGGUUGGCAAUGCUAUCAAAUUUACUGAACGUGGAGAGGUCAGGGUCACGAUCCUCAAGUCCGACAGAGAGGAAUGUAGACCGAAUGAAUAUUCUUUCGAAUUCAUUGUUUCAGAUACUGGAAUUGGUAUCGAGGAGGACAAACUGGAUCUGAUUUUUGACACUUUCCAACAAGCUGACGGGUCGACUACGAGGAAAUUCGGCGGAACCGGCCUGGGAUUAUCGAUCUCUAAGCGAUUAGUUAACCUCAUGGGCGGUGAUGUUUGGGUUACCUCUGAAUUUGGCCAGGGAAGCAAAUUCCAUUUCACUUGCGUUGUGGAAAUGGCAGAUCAAGACGUCAGCAACAUUGCCGCAUCACUUUUGCCCUACAAAAAUCACCGCGUUCUGUUCAUUGACAGAGGCGAAACCGGCGGUUACGCAAAGGAAAUCACUAAUAUGCUGAAGCAGCUUGACUUGGAUCCCAUUGUCGUCACUAACGAAUCGCAGAUUCCUCCACCUGAGAUCCAGGAUUCCUCGGGCAAGGAUUCGGGACAUGCAUACGAUGUUAUCAUCGUUGACUCGGUCAACACUGCAAAGUCUCUACGCACCUAUGAUGAAUUUAAAUACAUACCGAUUGUUUUAUUAUGUCCCGUCGUUUCCGUUAACCUGAAAUCAGCACUGGAUUUGGGUAUAACAUCCUACAUGACGACGCCAUGUCUGCCUGUCGAUUUAGGUAACGGCAUGAUACCUGCCCUCGAGGGGCGUUCCACACCCAUUACCACGGACCAUACAAGGUCUUUCGAUAUCCUUUUGGCCGAAGACAAUGACGUAAAUCAGCGAGUUGCAGUCAAGAUACUAGAGAAAUGCAACCAUGAUGUUACCGUUGUCAGCAACGGCCUCCAGGCACUGGAAGCAAUCAAGCAACGUCGAUUUGACGUUAUUCUAAUGGACGUCCAGAUGCCCGUCAUGGGCGGAUUCGAAGCCACCGGCAAGAUUCGCGAAUACGAGAGAGAGCACGGACUGCCACGGACACCCAUCAUCGCCCUAACCGCGCAUGCAAUGCUUGGCGAUCGAGAAAAAUGCAUCCAGGCCCAGAUGGACGAAUACCUAGCUAAACCCCUGAAGCAUAACCAAAUGGUUCAAAUGAUCCUCAAGUGCGUGACGCUUGGUGACUCCCUGUUGGAUAAGAGCAAUGAACCGCCAGCGUUGGGCGGUGGCGAUGACACGCACCAUCUCACUAGUAACACCUUGGUGCAAUCGUCGGAAGCGAAGAAUCAACGACUGGCCAUGGACAGUAGAGUUAUGGCGGCUUUGGGUUCGUCUGGUGCUAAUCCCGGCUUGAAUCGGAAACCUGACAUGCAUACCCUCCGGUCACACAGAAGAUAG